GUAAAUAGUGGGCGUGCAAGGGCUGCGAGAGGCGCAUGCGCACGAGAGGAAAGCGCAGGCAAGAUGGCGGUGGUUGCUGCGGUUGCUAUGAAGCCAGGGAGGGGUAGGCCGUGAGACACAACCUGGGGCAGAACAUGCAGCGACUGCCUCUCCUCCCUCCCAGGAUGAAUUAAUGUGAGGCGCCUGCGCUUGGACAAUGAGGAUCACCCUCAAUCUAAGAGCUACGAUGCCUCAGGUAUGUGAGUCCAGACUAGUCCGGGGCAGAGAUCUCUCGUCGGUCAGCUCACAGUCAAAAGGCGCCGGAAAAGCUUUAAUCUCCCACCGAACUGUGAGCACGGAACGCCAGAGCUCCGCCUACGCUACUACCGUCUACAGCAACGGAGUUUCAUCCGCACCCAAGAUGCGCCCGUUGCCCCCGAGACCCACAGUUGAUGAGAAGGGGAAGUCGGAUCGGGGUCGCAGUUCCCAGUGGGCAGAGUCUUCCCGCUCUUCUUCCAACAAACGAGGACCGCUGAAGGGCGACCACAUGCUCAAAGUAAUGAACUCUGCCCAAGGCGCCAAAGCAACGAGCCAAUCAGAAGAGAGCAGAGCCGGCAGUUUGUCUCGGUCCAAGUCUGUGAGUCACGGGGAUCUGAGUGGCACUCGGGAGAAGACAGAGGAGGUGGCUAAACACUUGGCACGGGUGCAAUUGAGGGAACGCAGCGCCUCUUCCACCAGGCGGCCAUUGCUGGACACGUCCCUGCUCAAGAGAAGCAGCUCACUCAAGAGACUCCACGUUCUGCCCGUUUUGGACUCGCAACAGAAACUUGAUUCCUCCUCUUCUUCUUCUUCUUCACGCUCUUCCCGGCUUGGUGGUUCCACCAAAGCAUCUGCCAUUGAGCAGCAAGAGGAGAAUGGACGCCACCAACUGGGGAGGUCUUGCAAUAAAUCUGCCAGUGAAGGUCCCGUGUGCAAUAGUCUCAAGGCUCAAGAUCGUCCCCUGUCUGUCACGUCUCCUUCUCCUCGCAUUCCUGCCCUCGGCUCCGGUCACGUUGGCCUCCGGAACUUAGGGAAUACGUGUUUCAUGAACGCCGUGCUGCAGUGUCUGAGCAGUACCAAGCCUCUACGGGACUACAUUCUGCGUCUGGAGUACCGACAAGAACAGCCGGGCAGCUGCAAGGCCCAGCAGGAGCUCACAGAAGCCUUCGCUGAUGUCAUUGCUUCUUUGUGGAGCCCGGAUCCCCCAGAUGCCGCAAACCCGGCGCGGUUAAAGUCAGUCUUCCAGAAAUAUGUGCCGUCUUUCAUCGGCUACAGCCAACAAGAUGCUCAGGAAUUCCUUAAAUUUUUUAUGGAUCGGAUUCACGUGGAAAUCAAUCGGAAGGGCAGGAAAACUCCCAGCAUUCUGUCUGACGCCAAGCGCCCCGCAGCCCUGGAACAUCAGGAUUCUCUCAGUGAUGAUGAACGAGCCAAUCAGAUGUGGAAACGUUACCUGGAGAGAGAAGACAGCAAAAUAGUGGAUCUGUUCGUUGGCCAGUUGAAGAGUUGCCUUAAGUGCCAGUCUUGUGGCUAUCGCUCCCCCACGUUUGAAGUCUUCUGUGACUUGUCUCUUCCCAUCCCAAAGAAAGGGUUUGCGGGCGGCAGGGUGUCGCUGCUCGAUUGCUUCAAUCUCUACACAAAGGAGGAGGAGCUUAACUCUGAGAAUGCCCCGGUCUGUGAUCGUUGCCGACAGAGGACGAGGAGCACCAAGAAGCUCACAAUCCAGCGCUUCCCCCGAAUCCUUGUCCUGCAUCUCAACAGAUUCUCCACCACCCGCUUCUCUAUAAAGAAAUGUUCCGUCUCCGUGGACUUCCCUCUGCAUCGGCUCAACCUGAAGGAGUUUUCCAGUGAGAAGUCUGGGAAUCCCGUGUACAACCUCUACGCAUUGUGCAACCACUCGGGCAGCGUUCAUUACGGCCACUACACCUCCUACUGCAAGUCCCAGUCCAGCUGGUACUCAUACAACGACUCCCGGGUGUCUCCCAUCAACGAGAGUCAGGUCCAGUCUAACGAAGGUUACGUUCUCUUCUACGAACUUGACGACGCCUGUUGGAAACCGUAACGUUUCAUCAGGAGGAGCUUAGGCAGGAGAGGCGGUGCUUCAGAUGCAAAGCUCCGCCCUUUAUAUCCCUGCAUCCCAGCUGCAGUGGGUUUGAGGGGGCUCAAAACUGAAACUUAAGCAAUAAACUGCAACUGACUGUACCCUGCUCAUGUGACCAGGCAUUCCAGACUCCAUCGUCCAAUCGCUGCUUUUGUUAUAUCCCGCGGUCAAUGUGAACUCUGUCUGUGACCAACUGCAAGUCCAAUACCCCCCCCCCCAGUUACCCUGCAGCGAGGGGCGGGGUUACCUACACUCACCUGACUUAUAAAGAAGCGCUGAAGCAGUCGUUCCCAAUCAGGAAAUGUCCGUGGACUACAACUCCCAGCAUGCCUUGUUAUAUAUAUAUAUUGAAGAAUGAUGAGAGUUGUAGUCCAGCAAUAUCCAGGGACUCAAGGUAAAGAAAUGAGGUGAAGAUGUAGGUUGGCGACUGCCCUACAGGUGCCCAAACAUUGGCCCUGGGACUUCAUGAUAUUGGUUUGGCCCUGGGGCCACAUCCUGAUUUUUGACCAAACAAACAAAUCUGUGACUGAUCUGACCACAAUCACGUUGGGCGGAAUCAGGAUGAGGUUGUAAUCAUAAUCGGGGCCCGGGGAGACCAAUGAGAGAGGAACACAUCAACGUUCCCUAACCCUCAGCCCCGCGUGGGCUUUUUACAUUGAAGUCCCUCCCCCGAGGAAACGACGCUGCUUCUUAUUUAACGUUUUACCUGAAUCGUCUGGACUUGACUUUUAUUUUGUAACGUUUUUUUGUACAUAAGGUGUUAGCGCAUCGACUUGUCACAUUUGUAAAUACCUGAUAAUGGAAUUCUAUAUAUAUAUUAACUUUUAACAGUAAAUUUACUACAAAAACAA